AUGGCCGACCUGACAACGGCGUUCAACGCCCUCCUUAAGGGCCAUGAGGCGCCUCCUACAAAGUCGUUUGGCAUUGAUACGGCCGACGAGUUUCUCAAGGAGGCGUAUCGGAUAAACUCCCUCAUCGCACGAUUGCAUUCCGAACUCCGCAAUUUGCGUCAGGCGUACCUCUCGACUGCUCCUGCGCGCAAAACACACUUGCGGACCGCCGCAUCCCGCUCUGCGCCUUCGCAGCAUGCCGCUCUUACGGACCGAGACCGCGAGGAGAUCGACGCCAAUGCAAAGAUGACCAUCCGCGACCUCAAUGCCCGUAUUCGCGCUCUCGAAGAUGCCGAGCAGCUCCGUCAAAAUACCGAAACCGCCCUGCUCCGGAAACGAUUGUCUCGCGGCUUCGGCGCUCUGGGGUCUUGGGCGGCCGGGGACGGGGCACGCAGUGAGCAAGCUACCCUCGAGGCCGCCGCUCGCCAGCUUGGAGCCCACAGAGAAAGUGUAAUCUUGUUCUUGCGGGCGAGGCUGCAGGAGACAGCGCGGACACAGCAGCGCAUGAUGGAGACUCGCUUGACUAGGGAGAUGGAGAAGAACAGGAGCGUCCUGGCGAAGGCUAGGGGGCCAGUCAUGCCCAUGGGGUUAUACGGCGCCGCGAAUCACGGCGCAGGGGAACUGCCAGCCGGAGCAAUCUCGAAUGGCACGGGGUUGUCGGUACAAGAAGAGGAAGAGAGGAAGAAGCCAGUGACGGACAACCUCACAGACGACCAGAAGCAACUAUUUGAGAAGGGCAACCAGGACAUGCUGAAGCAUCUCGAGGGCACAUUGGAUAAAGUCAGGACGGCCGAGAGCUCUCUCAUUGAGAUUGCCGAACUCCAGAACAUGCUCGUCAAUAACCUCACUGCACAGUCGGCCCACAUUGACCAGCUGGUUGCCGAUUCGUUCGAGACCACCGAGGGCAUCGGCAAAGGGAACAAAGAAUUGAAGAAGAGCGUGGGCAAGGCUAGCCCGGCCCGCUACACCUUUUUUGCCGCGGCAGGAUUAUGCACCGUACUCGUUCUGUGGGAUUUGGUCAUAUAG